GCUUCAGGUAAGAGAAAAUUUGAGAUGUUUCUCUGUGCUGUUAUCCCUCCUUGUGGGAGGAGUCUCUUUGCACAUCACCAUGUCCAUGGAAUGCAUGUCAGGACAGAUGAUGGAACCUGAUGGAUAGUAUACAUGAACACUGGCUGAUGUUGCUGUGAGAUGGCUCUUUAUUACGCUUGAAAGGUCAUAAGAAAUCGGGCAAGUGGAAGGAAGCAGAAGUCAGUCAUAUCUUGCUUAUCUUCGAGAUGUGCAAGGAACAGGAUCAAAGGAAAUACAGGCCAAUCAGUGUCACUUGAACCCUGGGAAGGUGAUAAGGCAAAUAGUCCUGAAAGUAAAUCACAAGCAUUAAGGACAAGAAGAUGAUUAGGAGAAACUAGUAUAACAUAGUAGUAACUAGUAGUAUGCUCAAAGGAUCUGUGCUGGGGCUAGUACCAUUUAACAUCUUAUUAAUGACCUUGAUGAUUAUGAUGAGAUGGAGAGCAACCUCAACAAGAUUGCAGUUGAUGCAGAACUGGGAGGAGUGCUUGACACAAAAGAUGAUUGAGCUGCCUCUUAGAGCAACCUCAACAAGCCAGAGAAAUGAGCCAAGAAGAAUCUCAUGAAGUUCAACAGAGAGAGAUGUAAACGGUGAAGAAUAACUAUGCAUUUGUGGACAACAAGUUGAACAGGAACCAACAGUGUGCCUUGGAAGCAAAGUUGGCCAACUGCAGAGCAUUGCCUGCAAGGUCAAGGAAAGUGAGUGCAUAACUGGCUGUCUGAUGACGGGAUGAGCAGUGGAUGUCAUAUACCUUGACAUCAGCAAGGCUUUUGACACUGUCUUCCACAACAUCCUCAUCAGAAAGCUCAAGCAGUGUGGCUUGGAUGAGUGGACAGUGAGGUGGAUCGAGAGCUGGCUGAAUCACAGAGCCCAGAGGACGGUGAUCAAUGGCACAGAGUUGAGUUGGAGGCCUGUGGCCAGUGGACUUCACCAGGGAUCGAUUCUGGGGCCAGUCUUGUUCAACAUCUUCAUCAACGACCUGGAGGAGGGGACAGAGUAUACCCUCAGCAAGUUCACUGAUGACACCAAACUGGGAGGACUGGCUGAUUCCCCAGAAGGCUGUGCUGCCAUUCAGCGGGAUCUCAACCAGCUUGAGAGUUGGGCAGAGAGGAACCUCAUGAGGUUCAACAAGGACAAGUGCAGAGUCCUGCAUCUUGGAAGGAACAACCCCUUGCACCAGUACAGGCUGGGGAUCGAACUGCUGAAGAGCAGCUUUGCAGAGAGAGACCUGGGAGUCCUGAUUGAUAAUAAAUUAAAUAUGAGCCAGCCAUGUGCCCUCAUGGCCAAGAAGGCCAAUGGCAUUCUGGGAUGCAUCAAGAAGAGUGGCCAGCAGGUCAAGGGAGGUUCUUCUCCCUCUCUCCUCUGCCCUGGUGAGGCCUCAUCUGGAGUCCUGUGUCUAGUUCUGGGCUCAGCUCAAGAAGGACAUGGAACUGCUGGAGAGAGUCCAGCACAGGGCCACCAAGAUGAUCAAGGGUAUAGAACGUCUUUCAUACGAGGAAAGGCUGCGGGAACUGGGGCUGUUUAGUCUAGAGAAGAGGAGAUUGAGGAGUGAUCUUAUGAACAUUUAUAAAUAUCUAAAGGAUGGGUGUCAGGAGGUUGUGACAUCCCUCUUUUCUAUAGUAGAUAGUAACAGGACAAGGGGUAAUGGGAUGAAGGUGGAACAUAAAAAGUUCCACUUAAACAUAAGAAAAAACUAUUUCACCGUGAGAGUGAUGGAGCAGUGGAACAGGCUGCCCAGGGGGGUUGUGGAGUCUCCUCUUUGGAGGUCUUCAAGACCUGCCUGGACAUGUUCCUAUGCGACCUGAUCUAGGUGACCCUGCUUCUGCAGGGCGGUUGGACUAGGUGAUCUCUAAAGGUCCCUUCCAAUCCCUACCAUUUUAUGAUUCUAUGAAAGCAAUCCUUCCCUGAUACUCAGUAGCGACAAGACACCUCUGGACUGCUGAGUCUGGGCUCCACAGUGAAAGCAAGAUAUGGACAUAUUGGAGCAAGUGCACAAAGGGCCACUGAGACUUAAGCACGUGCGAUAUGAAGAAAGGCUGGGAGAGGUCUUGUCAUCUUUUGUCUUGGAGAAGAGCAGGCUUGGGGACUGUCUUGUCUAAGUGGAUAAAUACCUGAUUGGAGAUAGGUCGACUAAAGAGGACAAGCUCAACUCUUUGCAAUCCAGGGACAGGGUGAGACACUGUGUGCAGGAAUUGAAAUGUGGGGAAAUGAGAAUGAAAGAAACAGUGGUGAAACACUGAAAGAGAAUGUCAAGAGACCUUGUGGAGCCUGUCCUUGGGCAAGGUGAGAGGCCAAGAGGAUACGAUCCUGAGCAACGUGCUGUCGGUGACUAUGUCCUUGGCAGCAGGGACACUGGACAAACGGUCUGCAGAGGUACCAACACCAUCCCUUCUGUGAUUCUGUGACUAGAUAGGUUGUGACCUGAGGCGCUUCAUCAAUGAAAGGGCUGGGAGUAGCUGCCAUUGAACUCAUGGACAAGGAGGAACUCAAGCUUAAAGCUUAAAGUGUAGUGAAAAGGGUUUUUCUUUUCAUUCUAUAUUUUUUCCUUAUUUUUUUUUCUGAUUUGUUCCUAAUGAGACGGGUUUUUCACAGCAGACACGUGAUUCGCCAGCUGUGUGACGCUUCUUUCAGACACUGUAUUGGCUGCCUGUAUGGUGUCACAUCCUCCCUGAUUUGCAUAUUAUCUCCAUGUGUCAUGAUUCCAACCAUUUCUGCCCAGUAGAAGGAAGUGCCAGGCCAUAGAGUUAGAGAUGCCUGUGAGAGAGGCAGUAAGCUCUUGAAAUCUCAUCCAGCUGAGCAGCGGUUUCUGUGGUGUCUUAAAAACCGGGACAGAUCGCAGCAGGCUCCGACAGGAGCAGGACUGGCAGUGAUGUCCAACUGCCUGCCCAAACGAACUACACUGGAGCUCAGCCAGAGACUGAAAACUCUGUUUGUCCUCACCAUUCUGUUUGUGUCCAUUGUCUCUGUCAUGUUCUACUGGAGAACAGGGCAGGAUACUAAAGGACAGGUCUACAGCUUGCCUAGUCAAAACGGGUCUGCUCAGCUUUUACUUCACCUUCCCCACGCCACUGCCGGUGGGCCUUCCCUUUCCCCAGGGGAUGUGUUUUUUGUGGAGACGUCAGAGAGAACUAACCCCAGUUACCUGUUCACGUGCUCUGUGGAGUCAGCAGCCAGGAUGCACCCAGGGACAAGGAUUGUGGUGCUCAUGAAAGGCUUGGCAAAUGGGAAUGCCUCGUUACCCAAACACUGGGCAUUCUCAUUACUGAGCAGCUUGCCUAAUGUGGAAUUCCAGACACUCAACCUGACAGAGCUUUUCUCUAGAACACCUCUGGCUAAGUGGUACUUUCAGACUCAGCAGCGCCCAGGGCCUUAUUUCUUAGCUCAUCUUUCUGAUGCCUGCAGAAUUACCAUAAUGUGGAAAUUUGGUGGCAUCUAUCUGGACACAGACUUUAUUGUACUUAAGAACUUAAAGAACCUCACCAACGCACUCGGUAUCCAGUCUCAGAAUGAACUGAAUGGGGCCUUUCUGUCCUUCGAACCCAAACAUGAGUUCAUGGAGCUUUGCUUACAGGACUUUGCAGAUAACUACAAAGGCUGGAUAUGGGCACAUCAGGGCCCACUGCUGCUAACACGUGUCUUCAAGAAGUGGUGCUCCAUCAGUGAGAUCCAGAACGGUAUGAACUGCAAAGGCGUGAGUGCUCUUGCCCCAGAAGCCAUGUAUCCUGUUCCCUGGCGGAACUGGAAGAAGCUAUUUGAAACCAUCAGCUCCUUGGAGCUUCAGAAGCUUCUUAAGAACACGUAUGCAGUGCACGUGUGGAACAAACUGAGCCACGGCACAAGGCUAGAGAUCACAUCCCAGGCUUUGCUGGCUCAGCUGUAUUCUCAGUUCUGCCCUGCCACAUACACAAGGAUGAAGAAUGAUUUCAAAGAGCAGUCGGGGCAUGCAAUGUGACCCGUGGGCCCUUGGCUGCAGGGAAGUUCCUGAAGCUGAAGGAAACUGGCUGCCUUUUACCUUUUACAGAGUUGGUUUCUAGCCCACAGAGCAGAUAUUCUGUGUGACAGUUCAGUGAUUUUGUAGCAGUUCUGAUACCUGUCUCAGAUCCUCCACGCUUUCAAAGUACCGCCGGACCUGAGUUUGGACUCUUGUUCUUCAGUAGCCCUGGAUGCUGCAGGGAAGAGUGAACUUGUUCAUCAGUUGCUCCUCUCUUGCUGCUCUCUCCCUCAGUGAGCAAGGCCUGAAAAGCCUCUGGUGUAGUUCCAGCUGCUGUAGGAACCCUUGGCUUUCCUCUGUAAUGGUUCUGAAUCUGUAAAUAAAUGCCAGCCCAUACUGUUGAACACGGUUCAGAGGAGCUUAGGACCAUGUUCCCUGGGUGGUAAAGAUUCUUCUUUCUGGUUCUUCUGAAUAUGUGUCAAUUGUUUGAAGAAAAGGAAAACCUUUUAAAUCCCUGUGUGGCUCAGUGUAAAGUUUUUCUUGCUUUCCAAAGGUACAGUAUUACAACUGAUCUUGUGUAGUGUUCUACAGUGAGAGACUGACUUUUCUGUUCCUCUUUGGAAAAAGAAGUAGCCACGAGCAAUUGAGUUACCAGCGUGGGAAAUGCUGAAAGUAUCGAUAACAAAACUCUCCUGUCAAGCCACGGCUUGAAGGCGGAAGUGUCUUUGUCUAAACGGCAUGUUUACAGCACCUGAGGAACAUAUUUAAGAUAGCACUGGUAGUAAAACAGGUGGUGGCUGUCAGUGAUUAUAUUGCACGUCCUUGUGGUUUAAUUGUCCCUUACUGUUUCAUAGGUAAAAUAACAUGCAACCCCCCAGUAAUGCAGCUCAGAUGGCAUUUACACCAGCCCUUUUCCCGCCUCUAGAAUCACACUUUUCAUGACUAAAUUGUUCAGUAGGUACUCGUACACUACAGGUAUGAUACCUUGAUGGAUGUCAGAAUUUCUUUCUCUCUGUUCCUGACAUAGAACUCUCACUGCACUUGGCAGCUAUACCUGGGGGCAGCUCUGCUCCCACAGAGAGCACAGAUACUGCCAGCCUAGUAGGACCAACAUCAGCACACAGAUGCGUCACAGUGCUGAAUGUCAGCAGGAACUGGUAGCUUUCCAGAUGUAACUUUUUUCUUUUUAUUUUAACAACCAUUCUUUAUUCUCUCUGCAAAAAGCUACUCUGUGAGCUCACUUUGCAUUUUGUUGUACCGUUGACAGAAUUCUGGAGAGCAUAACUGGUGGGAAUGGUUCCUGAUUAAAAAAAGCCCAUCAGCAGCAUAUGAACAUAACACAUUUUGGCUUGGGUAACCAUUUUAGUCAGGUGCAUCUCCCGUGUCCAUCCCCUGUAGCAGACAUGGAGCCUUCCUCCUGGGUGCUGCUUCCCUCUGUGCCUUUCUUUCCUCUGUUCAGCGGCUCACUGCGCAUGCUACUCCUUCACAACAAGCUCUGCAACUGAUUGGUGGUGUUAGUAGGUGAGAAGACGAAGCCUCCACCAUCUUUAUGUUCAUUUUUCAUCUACAGAAAACAAAGCACAAUGGAAGGAAAUACCUUGUUUGGGCAUUGCACGAAUCCAAGUAUAACUGCUAUGUGAGACGGUUGUUAGAUUGCAACGUCUGGCUGUGCAACUGGUGCUACUUCUUUUUCAAGAAGGGAAAAAAGGCAUCGCCUCUGCUUCUGGUCAGCAGCCCCACAGGAAUAUGGAAGGCUUUUUUGAGAAGCAAGAGGAGGCUGGAGGGCCUCAGGCUGGUGCUCUUUGUAGAAAGUGGAUAAGAAGCCUAAUCUUGAUUUUCUAUAUCCUUUCCUGUGGUACAGCUGUAGUCUUUUGGGUGGCACAACAUGAAGCAUGAGGGAGAUAAGUCAUCACAGCCAUGGCAGCCACAGCCAAAGAGAAAGCAGGAAAAGGCAAAACCGUCCUACCCAUGGGCUGGUGGGCUCCUGCAGCUGGCCUGGCUGAGGCGGAGCCUGUGAGCAGGCCAUGGCCAGCCAGGGCUGUCAUGGGGAGGAGGAGGGUGAGGAGGAAGGGGAUAUGCUCCAGAGAGCAGGGAAGGGACUGUCAGCAGGGUUCAGCUGAGGUGCUAGAAGGGAGAGUGCUGUGGUUGAAGCCCAGCCAGUAGCCAAGUGCCCCGCAGCUGCUCACCUACACCUCCCUCUCUAGGUGGGAAUGGGGAGGAGAAGUGGAAGGAAGUGGUGAACCCUGGUGUGCUGAGAGAAGGAGGACAGUGUAAUAGGAGAACGCAAAGAGAGAAGACACAGCGUAACAGCAGCAAAGGACUGGCCAAGGCAACGGUGCGCGGUACCAUGUCUCACGCCCAGUGCCUGAUCCUCAGUCCUGACAGAACAGCCACAGCUGAACAGCUGCCAGUCCCCACAGCAGCACCUAUGGAGCGUGACAUCAGUGUGGUGUCCAUAGUCUGGCCAUAGCCACGGCCCUGGCAGUGGCCGGUGAAAAUUAACCCCUGGGACAGAGUGUCAGGGCCUGCUGCCUCUCCUCAGCGGUUGCUACCGGUGGGAGGGGCAUUGAGGUGGCACCUGUGUGGCAGCAGAGAUCUGUGGAAGGUGGCUGCCACCUUCUCCCAUUGAGGACUUUGCCAGUCUCUCCUCAAGCUUCUUCUGCUCAGCUUCCUAGACCAGGUAAAGUGGAUCGAGCCUGGCUGUCCCUCCUCCUGCCUCCCAAGCCACAGCGGCCCUGGACCAGGGCCUUGUGCAGGGGCAGUGCUGGACUGGGGCAGCAUCUGAGGGUUGGUGACGGAACCUUCCAGAAGGCUCUAUGCAGCAGGGGCUGGGCCCCCCUUCUGGGCACUGUUGGGACAACCGUGUGCAUUUUGUUGGGCUGUGCCUUGUUCCCUGUGUUUCUGGGCCGGGGCCAAAAAAAACCCCUCUCUGGGAGAUCUCUUGCUCACGUGGGCUAGUUUCCCUCCCUCCUCCCACCUGCCCAGUCCUUUGCUGUGGUGCUUAGAGAGCACAGCUAGAGCUGUAUUGACAAGAGCAAUCUCACUCUGUUACAUGAAUGUGACCAAAUCCUGCCCCUUCCACUUACAGGAUGGUGCUGCUGAGAUUUAGGCAGCUUCUUGGGUGUGUGAUUAGAGGUUAUUUCCUUGGUUGGUUUUUUGCUGGCUGGGGAUAGUCCCUGUGCUAUGAGCAGCCCUUGGCCAGACAACUCUGAUCUCUUGGGAAUCUCUGACCCCUAUCUGCAUUAUAGGGAAAUACUAUUUAUCUUAAAGUCUGUCUCAAGUCCUGUGGUUCAGCUGUGAGAAAUUCUGAUUGAUUUAUGGCUUUACUUUUGAUUUUUAAUUUUUUCUCUCUUGUUUUUUUCACAUUUAUUUUUUUUCUUCUGUCCUUUUUUUUUUUUAAAGAGUAUUACUUUGAGGCAAAAAUCUGUGUACCUGUACCAAUGUCAAUUGUUGAGUGAAAUGUAGCCUAUUUGCCUUAUAUUAUCCUUGUGUACAUGAAGUCUUUUCAGUGAAAGCAGCUAGUGCACACCAGAA